GCCCGGGCGGGAGGCGGGAGGAGCGGAGCUAGCUCGGGGGAGCCAGCGCUGCGCGGGGUGCAGUCUCCAAUGAGCGGCGCGGAGGCGCCCCCGACGAUCCGAGUUCGCUGCGCCCCCUCCUCACGGCUUACCUGGUGCCAGUUAAGGUAACAGAUGAGGAAACUGAGGCUCAGAGGGGCCGAGUGACUCGCUCAAGGUCACACAGCCAGGAGGCAGCCAACUCGAACCCCUCGCCCUUUUGCCCCAACAGGUCUGGCCUCCCCCCCGCAGGCAAUGGCUUUGCCCGCCAUGACCUAGAGCCCGCCCCCCUCCCCGCCGCGCCGGCCCACCGCCAGCCAGCAGGAUGCAGCUGUGGAAGGCGGUGGCGGCGACCCUGGCCUUCAUGACCACGGACGUCGGCGUGACCACGGCCAUCUACGUCUUCAGCCACCCGGACCGCAGCCUGCUGGAGGACAUCCGCCACUUCAACGUCUUCGACUCGGUGCUCGACCUGUGGGCGGCCUGCCUGUACCGCAGCUGCCUGCUGCUGGGGGCCACCCUCGGCGUGGCCAAGAACAGCGCCCUGGGGCCGCGGCGGCUGCGGGCCUCGCGGGUGGUCAUCGCCCUGGUGUGCCUCCUCGUGGGCAUCUACGCCAUGGUGAAGCUGCUGCUCUUCUCCGAGGUCCGCAAGCCGGUCCGGGACCCCUGGUUCUGGGCCCUCUUCGUGUGGACCUACAUCUCGCUCGCGGCCUCCUUCCUGCUCUGGCGGCUGCUGUCCACCGUGCGGCCGAGCGCCAAGGCCCUGGAGCCGGGGGCGGGCGCCGAGGCCGAGGCCGCGGGCUUCCCCGCGGAGGACCAGCCGGCGGCGUCUGAGCAGGCGUCGGGGGCCACGCUGCAGAAGCUGCUGUCCUACACCAAGCCCGACCUGGCCUUCCUCGUGGCCGCCUCCUUCUUCCUCAUCAUCGCGGCUCUGGGAGAGACGUUCCUGCCCUACUACACCGGCCGCGCCAUCGACGGCAUCGUCAUCCAGAAGAGCAUGGAGCAGUUCAGCACGGCCAUCGUGGUCAUGUGCCUGCUGGCCCUUGGCAGACUGAACAUUCGCCUCCGGAACUGCCUCUUCCGCUCCCUGGUGUCUCAGGAGACGAGCUUCUUUGACGAGAACCGCACAGGCGACCUCAUCUCCCGCCUCACCUCGGACACCACCAUGGUCAGCGACCUGGUCUCGCAGAACAUCAACGUGUUCCUGCGGAACGCGGUCAAGAUCACGGGCGUGGUGGUCUUCAUGUUCAGCCUCUCGUGGCAGCUCUCCCUGGUCACCUUCAUGGGCUUCCCCAUCAUCAUGAUGGUGUCCGACAUCUACGGCAAGUACUACAAGAGGCUCUCCAAGGAGGUCCAGAACGCCCUGGCCCGAGCCAGCAACACGGCCGAGGAGACCAUCAGUGCCAUGAAGACGGUCCGCAGCUUCGCCAACGAGGAGGAGGAGGCGGAGGUGUACUCGCAGAAGCUGCAGCAGGUGUACAAGCUGAACAGGAAGGAGGCGGCCGCCUACACGUACUACGUCUGGGGCAGCGGGCUCACGCUGCUGGUGGUCCAGGUCAGCAUCCUCUACUACGGGGGCCACCUCGUCAUCUCGGGGCAGAUGACCAGCGGCAACCUCAUCUCCUUCAUCAUCUACGAGUUCGUCCUGGGAGACUGUAUGGAGUCCGUGGGCUCCGUCUACAGCGGCCUGAUGCAAGGAGUGGGGGCCGCCGAGAAGGUCUUCGAGUUCAUUGACCGGCAGCCAACCAUGGUGCACGAUGGGAACUUGGCCCCUGACCACGUGGAGGGCCGCGUGGACUUUGAGAACGUGACCUUCACCUACCGCACUCGGCCCCACACCAAAGUCCUGCAGGACGUCUCCUUCAGCCUGUCCCCAGGAAAGGUGACGGCGCUCGUGGGGCCCUCGGGCAGCGGGAAGAGCUCCUGCGUCCACAUCCUGGAGAACUUCUACCCCCUGGAGGGGGGCCGCGUGCUGCUGGACGGGAAGCCCAUCAGCGCCUACGACCACAAGUUCCUGCACCGCGUGAUCUCCCUGGUGAGCCAGGAGCCGGUGCUGUUCGCCCGCUCUAUCACGGAGAACAUCUCCUACGGCCUGCCCACCGUGCCCUUCGAGAUGGUGGUGGAGGCUGCGCAGAAGGCGAACGCCCACGGCUUCAUCAUGGAGCUCCAGGACGGCUACAAUACAGAGACGGGGGAGAAGGGCGCCCAGCUGUCGGGGGGCCAGAAGCAGCGGGUGGCCAUGGCCCGGGCCCUGGUGCGGAAGCCGCCGGUGCUCAUCCUGGACGAAGCCACCAGUGCCCUGGACGCCGAGAGCGAGUUCCUGAUCCAGCGCGCCAUCCACGGCACCCUGCAGCAGCACACGGUGCUCGUCAUCGCGCACCGCCUGAGCACGGUGGAGCGGGCGCACCGCAUCGUGGUGCUGGACAAGGGCCGCGUGGUGCAGCAGGGCACCCACCAGCAGCUGCUGGCCCAGGGCGGCCUCUACGCCAAGCUGGUGCAGCGGCAGAUGCUGGGGCUCGAGCCCGCCCCGGACUGCUCGGCCGGCCACAGCGAGCCGGGCGGCGGCGGCCACAAGGCCUGACCGUCCGCCCUGCCUGUCCCGUGGGGCAGAGGCCCCGCGCCCACCUGUCAGACGUGCCCACGGAGGGCGGCCCUCGGAGCCCAGGCCCACGGCCCCGGCGGGCGGCCGGCCACGCCCCGUGUCACUGCUUCCUGCUUCUCGUCCUGGUCCCCGUGGUCCCGGCCACCGCCAGCCCCAGGCGGCCAGCCGCUCCCUCCCGUCCGGGCGGUGCGGCCGCGCGGGGUCUCCUCCUGGUCUCCGAGGCGAAGGCAGCGGCACCGCUUCACACCAGGAUCUCACCGGGAUGUCACUGCCUGGUUGGAUGGGCCCCGGUCAACUCCCAGAUUUCAAAAACAGUUUCUCACUGGGCGUCGUGGUGGGCAAGGUCACUGAGAUGUUCUAGAAACUUCUGAGCCAGGAAUGAGUGACCUUCCUCAUAGCCGGGGGGAGGUCACGGGGGAGCUGGGCCUCUACCCUUUGCCCCCGUCUCUCCCUCUUCCCAGCUUCGUGAGUCAGGCCCAGGGCGGGUGGGAGGAUGCACGCCGCCUGCCCAGUCCUGCCCGUCUCACUGUGAACCACUGCGAACCUUAACUGGGGGAGCGAGGGGCUGGCCAGGCCUGGCGAAGCCUCGGGUGACCCCAGCCCAGCACCCAGCUUUAGCCCCUCCCCCACUCCCCUCCGCUGGCCGCCCCCACCUGCCCCCACCUGCCACUCUGCUGCUCCCAGGCCCUUUGCUGUUUAGGAGGCCCGUUCUCUGCCCUGAUCAGCGGAUGGGAUGGGGGCAAAGUCCAGGGUCUGGCUUUGCAGGGAAGUUGCAAAAUGUUGGGAGAACCCAGUCAAUAAAGUGUACUACCUCUGA